AUGGCUUGGCCCAAUAAGAACAAAGACAUGCUCUAUCGCCGAGUCGGUAAUUCAGGAUUGCAUGUCUCAGCAAUUGGUUUAGGGGGAUGGGUGACAUUCGGUGGCCAUGUUGGAAAAGAAGAAACGAUGCGAUGUAUGAAACAGGCAUAUGAAUGCGGUGUCAAUUUUUUUGAUACAGCGGAGAGUUAUGCCAAUGGUGAGUCCGAAAUUGCAAUGGGAGAAGCCAUUCAAACACUUGGAUGGAAAAGAAGUGAUUUUGUCAUUAGCACAAAGUUGAAUUGGGGUAUGGCAAAUGGUGAAAUUCUAAUCAACAACCACGGGCUUUCACGGAAACAUAUCAUUGAAGGCACACGAGCUUCUCUAAAUCGCCUGCAGUUGGAAUAUGUCGACAUCAUAUAUGCUCAUAGGCCGGAUCGUCUCACUCCAAUGGAAGAGACGGUUCGCGCAUUUCAUUAUGUGAUUGAGAGAGGAUGGGCUUUCUACUGGGGUACAUCUGAAUGGUCUGCCGACGAAAUCCAAGAGGCAUGCGGAAUAGCAAAGUCUCUUGGAUUGAUUGCUCCGAUUGUUGAACAGCCACUGUACAACUUGCUGGAUCGAAAGAAAGUGGAGGGCGAAUUCCAACGAUUGUAUUCUCGUUGUGGAUUGGGUUUAACGACGUUCUCUCCGUUGAAGAUGGGGCUGUUAAGUGGGAAAUACAACUCUUAUCCAACAGCACCUCCACCAGGAUCCAGAUUUGCAGACAGCAAUGACAAAUAUGUGAAAAGCGUUCGCGAACAAAGUUAUGGAAACGAGGAGUGGAUUUCGACUAUUCAAAAAGUAACCAAAUUGCAGGAUUUAUCUGAUCGGUUGGGCUUCAAAUUAUCUCAACUGGCAUUGGCUUGGUGUUUGAAGAACCAAAAUGUCUCUUCUGUCAUAACGGGAGCCUCCCGGCCCGAGCAAAUCGUCGACAAUGUCGCGAGUUUGAAACUGCUUCCGAAGCUCACCCCAGACAUUAUGGAGCAGAUAGACGCUAUUCUAGAAAAUAGGCCACCAUUGGACCCUGCUCGUCAGGACUGA